AUGUGGAUAAUCGUCGAGUAUCUUGGUACGACCUUCCGCGCUUGGAUCGUCGCCGUCGUAGUCGUGAGACCAAAUGCCGUACGUGGUACUUUUUUUUUGCUGUUUAGCGAAAAAAUUUCAGCCAGUCAAUCAGUUGUCACUGGGUCAAAAAUAUGUAUUCCGUUUGUCGACAUAAGUGACUCACUAUGUAUUUAUUGUCAAGUGACCAGAGACCAGAAGUGUUUAACUUAUUCUAUAUCGGGCUGUAGGCUACGGACUAUCGCCGAGUCACUGCCCAUCCAAUCAUCCCCGAUAACACGUUCCAAGGAUUCGCAUGUUUGCGCUAUUCACACGUACACUUUACUUUACGUCGGUUUAUUUACCCAAUUAAAUUCCAUAAACGUUAUUUCAAAUGUCGGAAUUAAACAGCUGCUUCACGAGACGAGACAAAAAGACAAUAGUCUUGAGGCCAGGGGAGUCUCUUUGGCGCUGGAAGACGACGUUAAUCUUAGCUUCGCUGAUAUAUGGAGAUUACCUACCCGGGUACUAUUUUUACCUUGCCCGAUGGGUAGAUCUCGAAUAAAAAUAUUUUCUGCGGAUGUUGUUGCCGUCAAACUGGUUUCACGAGGACAUCUUAACAGCCUUCAAUAUCUGAUGCUCCUGUUGCUGUUCUCGUGUGUAGUCUGCCGGUGCCGAUGA